CAGUGCCAUGGGCGUGCGGGGCUUGGCUGCGUUCGUGGAGGAGCGCGGUGGGUUCUGCGCCGAGCUGCGGGUGCGGACACCAAAGCUGGUCAUCGACGGGAGCAGCCUCUACCACCAGCUCUGCUUCACCUCCGCCGCCGACUGCCGCCGCGGCGGCGAAUACGGCCUCUUCUCGGCGACCGUCCGCGACUUCUUCGGUAGCCUACGGGCCUGCCGCGUCUCCCCCUUCGUGGUGCUGGACGGCGGCCGCUGCCCCGACGACCGCAAGCUACCGGCGCUGAAGGAGCGCGCAGGAGGGGCGGCUGCGGGCGGGCCCACGGGGCUUCCAGUGGGGGAGGGAGGGUAUGUGGUGCCGCUGCUGACCCGCGAUGCCUUCGUGCAGGCGCUGGGCCGGCUCGGAGUGCCCUUCGUGCAGUGCUUCGCCGAGGCCGACCGGGAGAUCGCGGGGCUGGCCAAACCGCUGGGGGCUGCCCCGUCCUCUCCCUCGACACGCGACUUCUGUGUCUUCGAGCUGGUGGGCGGCUACUGCCCCCUCACUCACUUCCAGUGGCGGAGCGUGUGCGGUGGGGACGAUGGGACACGGAGCCGCUAUGUGCCCGCUCGGUGCUUCUCGGUGGAGAGGUUCUGCGCGCACUUCGGGGCGCUCAGGAGGAACCUGCUGCCGCUGUUUGCCGUCAUGUGCGGGAACGAUUACAUCCACUGGCGGGCCCUCGAGGCGUUCGUGAGCGCGGUAGGUCGGGGAUGGGCGGCAGGGAAGCACGGCCGCCUGCGGGGGCUGCUGAGCUGGCUGUCCCAGUUCCGGGAGCCGGCUGAGGCUGUGGACUGCGUGCUGAGAUACGUGAAGGAGCACCAGAGGGAAGAGGUGCGGGAGCUGCUGUGCGCCUCGAUGCAGGACUAUACCCCGUCUGACGUGAAGCUUGAGGACUUCUUUGGGAGCAGCACAUACGAAUGCGAGGAGCCGGCUAGGGAAGCGGGCUUGCCACAGUGGGUGCUGGAUGCUUUGGCAAAAGGUAAGCUGGCCCCGUUCAUCGUCAAUGCCCUGGUGCUGAGAAGCACCUUCCUCCCUGUUCAGGUGGAGAACAUGCAGAGACCUAGCGCACAUAGCACAGCUUUGCCCAUUCGACAAGUGAUCUAUGGACUGCUUCUGAAAGCAUCUCAAAAUGCCUGAAGCUGCUUCUGGAAGCAACGGGCUGCCGGUUUUUCUGUGAAUUCAGCAAGGCUCCAAAAGACACUUAGGAAAACCUUUGUUCAAGCAGCAAGCCUACCCACAGAGUUUUGUGAUGGUAGUUUUUCUUUGGAGAAGUUAGUGGAGGUGCCCUUGUCCCACCGUCAGAUGCUUUUGCUGGAGACUCUGGGAGUGAAAAUGAGUUUCCUGGAACCUCUCCCCAGUCACUUGCAACUUCCUGUUGCUGUAACGUGUUACUGGAUACGUUGUUCAGAGCCAAAAGUUAAGUUGCAUCAACUAAAGGCGUUACUUCUAACGAUAGUAUCUGGAGAACUGCACAGGAUGACAAAUGAUUCAGAUGCCACAGGUUUAUGUGCUGAAGAUGAUGUUAUUGCAUAUAAUGAAUUUCUAAAAUGGAAGGAAAAGAAACUGGAACAUAAAGACUUUGAUUUAGAUGCUGGACACAGUUUUUGCCAGUGGCAGUGCUGUCUUCAGAUGGGAUUGUAUCUCAACCAGCUACUUGGCAGUCCUCUCCCCGAGCCAGACCUAAGCAGGCUUUACACUGGGACCCUUGUGCACAGACUGUUUCAAGAGCUUAAAUCCACACCUUCAGUGGAAAAUCUGUUUAGUUCAUCUCCAAAAAUGACUCAGCUUUAUCAGGAUCUGUUAAAUACAAUGGAGUCAACUGUACCUCCAGACUUCUUUCAGAAGAUCAAGACCAAAUCUGAGUCCUGUAAAAAGAAGAAAGCAUCUGGUAAGGAAAAGGCCAUCAGGUGUGCUCUACCAGAAGCUCAGCAUUUAUGCAGUGUUAAUAGGUUUGCAGCACUUGAAGUGGAUGACUGAAAGCAUUAUUCCUGGAGUAACUUUUAAUGCCAUGCAGAUGAAAGAAGUUCUAUGAAGACAGGUGACUGUAUUGGAAUUUGCCUGGCUGUUCUCACACAAGUUCCUGAUUCAGUCUUUACCAACAGGGAUUUUAUUUGCUGUUUUUGUAACUAACACUUACAAGGAGGUGCGGUAUAAAGUUGUGCUUUGCUUUUUAAAGGCAUUAGUCUGAAUGAAAAUGAGAGCAGAGUUGUUCAGUGUUUCAGAGCUGGACUAUUUAGAGGAAUUCUUUCCUGAGCAUUCCCAAGGAUGAAGGAAAGGCUGAGGUACUUCAUACUGCUCUUACCUCAGUCUUCUGUAGUCACACCAGCUAUCCUCAGGGUACUCAGUCCCCUGAGCUGGGUGAUAGAGAUUGGGGAGCUGAUUGAAGUCCCCAUAAGCCAGGAGGAAAUGGUUAGUGACCUCCUGCUCCCCUUUGACAUACACAAGCCUAUGGAGCUGGAUGGGUUACCACCCCAGAGGGCUGAAGGAGGAACAGAGGAGCUCACUAAGCCACUCUCUAUCUGUGGUCCUGCUCUAGUGGGCAGGUUCCAGGGGAUUGGAGGUUGGACAGUGUGAUACAUCCCUACAAAAAGGGCAGGAAGCAAGACCCAGGAACUAUAGACCCAUCAGCCUUGACCUCAGUGCUGGGGAAGGUUGUGGAGCAGAUGAUCCUAAGUGAAAUCAUAAAGCACAUGUGGGAAAACAGAGGGAUCAGACCCAGUCAGUGCAAGCUCAUGAAGGGCAGGGUCCUGCUUGACCAACCUGAUCUACGAUAAGAUGGCAACCCUGGUUGAUGAGGGAAAGGCACCUACUAAAACCUUAAGAUCAAUUAUUGCUAUAAAUACAGUAUCUUAUUUGGAAGACCUAUUUAAACCAAAUUACUAUACCAACAACUACAUAUAAUUACGUACACUGUUAAAAGAGAAUUGUUAAAACAGCAGAAUUCUCCACUAAUGUAGAAGAAUGGUUUUUAUCACUUGACAGGUAGAAAAUGUCAUGGAAAAGCUGUGAAAAAUGGAGCAACCCAUUCCCUAAAGAGCUCAGCUGGAAGCAAAAAGAGGAUUUGUUGUUUGUCCUCAACUAAAGCUGCAGUUGAACUGGUCCCAGUGCCAGCUGUGUGUGGAGGGCUGCUGCUGGACCCUGGGAAGGGAAUGCAGCCAGCGUCUGCUCCACAUUGUCACACACUCCUCACUCCUUCCUCUGGGAAGCAGCCCCGUUGCAGGCUCCACCUCCCAGCCCGUGGGGAUCCAGGAAGCAGGGAAACACUGAGUAAAUUCCAGCAUGUCUGCUAUGGCAGUACUCACUGGUGGUGGGAUCUCAUUCAGGCCACAGCAGUCUACUGUUGGUCUCCACCCUCCAGUAGACUUUUGCACGGGCCAUAUGGGGAUAUUGAAGGGUGAGGGGGUCCUGCUGAUCACUCCUUGGCUCUCCAGUCUACGGAUGAGCUUAUGAACAGGAAUCAGGGAGUCUCGGUGCUGUAUUGCCACAGUGCUCUGUUGUGGGGGUGACAGGCGUGACUUCCUCACUGUUCUCUGUGGUCUUGCAGGUGAACCCAGCAAUCUCUGAACCAUAUCCUGUUGCAAACUUGCAUUUUGUAUAAUAAAAGA